AUGUUAGUAGAUGAAUCAGAGAAAGAAGAUGAAGCUGAAGCUGUAGGUGAAGGUAAUGUUGAAGGAGAUCAAGUCCGUUUAUCUCCUGAAUCUGAUCGUCUGUUGAAAGCUCUUAAAGAAAGUUUUAAAGCUGGAGAAGCAGCUAAAUCAACUAGAGAGAUUGAAGGUAACGAUGUAGAGAAAAGUUCAUCAAGCUCAUCUGAAGAAGAAAUUGAUGAUACUGAACGUGCAAAAAGAAUUCAGGCUGAAAUAGAGAAGGAGAAACAGCUAAAGAGAAAAAGGAGAGAGGAUAAAGAUGAUGAAUUGUACAAUCCAUCUCCUGAGCAUGUUCUAGAAUCUCAAACACCUCCAUCAUCUGGUGGUAGGAAGAAGACUAGUGCAAGAAAACGUGUUGUAACUCCUAAAGCAGCAAGAAAAAAGUUGACUAUCAAGCUCAAUCCUAAACGUUCAUCCAAACCAAAACCAUCUACACCACCUAAACAACCUACUCCACCACCAUCACCUCCACCACAUCUUUCACCACCACAUCAAUCUCCACCAGUACAUCAAACACCACCAUCUACACAACCACAAGUUCAAACCACUCCUGGUUCUUCAGGCUUUAAAGAUUUUCCUCAAGUUCCAGUGAAUAUUCCUCUUGAUGAUAUUGGAGAUUUCAGCUUUGUAAAUGAUGAACAAGUGAAGAAGUUGGAAAAGAAAGUAGAAGAAGUGUUGGUUGAGAACAAAAAGUUGGUAGAUCGUGAGAAGAAACUUGAAAAGUGUGUCAAGUUAGUUGAAGCUGAAAACUCGUCAUUGUUGCAAAAAGUUGAAGCUAAUCAGGUUGACAUUGAUAUUCUCAAAGCUAGAAUUUCUGAGUUGGAAGUGAAAAAGCUCGCAGAGAUGAGCAGAACGAGUAUUUUAAGUUACAGAACAAAGAGCUAG